AUGGUCCGUGUGGAGUUGCGGGCAGUCACCCAGCCUGUGGGCAUCAUGCGAAUACUGGCGUCCAUCCUCACUUGCUUGUGUUUUAGCUUGGUGGCGGCGGUGGGACAUGUCCCGUCUACCUACUGGGCGUGGUGCAUGUUCAGCUGGUGCUUCUGCUUCUUCUUUACUUUUCUCAUUGUCAUCCUGGAGUUCACCACAGUCAACACCAAAUUACCUCUCGCCUGGGAUGAUUUCACCGCUGCCUUCGCUAUGCUGGCGAGCCUCAUGUGCCUUGCCGUCUCCAUCAUGUACCCCACCUUUUUCACCUGCAAGACCUGCGACCUCCAGAUCGGUGCCUCUGUGGUGUCCUGGGUGUGUUCCGGGGUGUAUGCAGGCGAAGUGGCCUUAACUCGCCUUCGUCCGAGUGGGGAGACCAGCGGGUUCCUCUCCACGUUGCCCGGCAUAUUGAAGAUGCUGGAGACGUUCCUCGCCUGUCUCAUCUUCACGUCCCUGGAGGCAAACCAGUUCAGUUCCCCAGGACUGCAGUGGUGCGUGGCCGUGUACAUCUUGUGCUUCAUCUUUGUCAUCUUGAUAAUCGUGCUCACCACUGGACAGCUGACCUCUUACUUUCCAUUCUCCUUUGACAAGCUAGUCAUAGUCUAUAACAUUUUGGCAGCAGCUACGUAUGCAACGGCUGUGGUGAUCUGGCCACUGUACAGUUUCGGCAACAGUAACACAGCCACUGGCGAGGCCUGGAGUAAACUUUUGGUGGUCACCUUGAUGACCAUCUUCAACUGCAUUGUUUACACCGUGGACUCUGUCUACUCUAUAUACCUUGUGUUCUGUGUCAGCAACGAGUGA